GGAGGAUGUACAUUCGGGCUGCCCCAGCGGCCCCGGCCGCCGCCGCCGUUAAGGCGAAUCGCAGUCGGUCAAGCCAGGUAACUCCUGCAUGCACGACUCCUCCUUGCUGCACAUGAUAAGCAAUGCCAUUGGCUCUUCCUAUCUGGACGUGAUGCGUUGUUGUGCAUUCACGAGUGCAGCCCCUGCCUGAGGUGGACCCAAAGGUGACGAACUUUCUGUCCGACAUGGAGGAGGAUGUGCCGGAGGACAUCCUGCGGUGCCCCAUCACGCUGCAGCCGCUUCGACGGCCCGUCGUCACGCCCAGCGGCAAUGUUAGCUCAUCACCGACAUGCAUCCAUCGAUGCGCAUCACGCCGCUGGUUUGUACCUCUUCAAACGCAUUCUGUGCCCUGAAUGCAGACGUAUGAGUACAGUCCGCUGAAGAAGCUGAUCCGCGAGAACCCCCAGAUGGCCAAGUCGCCCCAGACGCGCCAGCCGCUGAAGUUGAAGGACCUCCGCCCCAACCGCUACGCCGUCAACCAAAUCGAACAGCGGGCCAAACAGGUGCGGACAAGGGAGGGAGGGGGGGAGGGAUUGCGACGUUCUGAUGGAUCUGAGAUUUUCUCUGUUAUGCCGUUGUCAGCUGAUGAAGGAGUAUCAGGUGCCCGAGGAGGAUGGGAAGGAGAAAGCGGAGGCGGCGACCAGCUCAUCGAGCGCCAUGCCAGGACUCAACCAGACCAUUCGUACGCACAUCAGCACAAAGGGGAAGAACGACCGCAAACAAAUGUGUCUGUGUCUGUGUGUCUGCAGGCGGCCUCAACCAGUGCCGCACGUAUCUGAGCGACUUCUGGAAGGGCUAUAAUGGCACGGUGUACCAGCUCAGCGGCAUAGCCAAGGAGUCCUUCGAGCCACCCCGGGCAAUUGUAGACUACGUACGAAGCGAAAGAGACACUCACACUCACAACAGAGGGAGAAUUGCCCAUCUCUGUCGUGUGUGUGUGUCUCCGUGUGUAUGUGUUGGCUGCAGCUGGAGAGGGAUAGCGAGUUGACGUUGCAGCUGCUCCAGUGGCACAAGACGGAGAGCAAAAACUACAUACCAAAAGGGGUACGCACCCACAUACCAAGGCGUAGACGUGCAGACGCAUAAGACACAUAUGGUGGUGGUGGUGGUGUGCAGUUUACUCACCGACAUCAGAGCAUCGUCCCCCGCGAGUUGGAGACGGCCGUGGUGGCAUGGCUGGACGAGCAGGACAUCAGCAGAAGCAUGUCAGGCUCCACCCGCCGGGCCAGGAGGGCCUCUCGGCCGCUGUCGAGCUUCGGAUACGCCAUAGUGAUAGACGCCUUCAAUUCGAGCGGGUGUUUCAGUCCUCCGCGGGCGGGGCGGUGCGGGUACGCAUACACAGCAGCCCAUGUAGCCAUUCGAGCCACCAUGAGCAUGUUUUUGUGUGUCAGGUUGUGUUGUCGUUUAGUGGCUGGCGAUGGGGGGCCCGGCACUGCACGGUGCCGGGCAACAAGGACGGCAACUACCUCCUGGACACAUGUGAGUGAGCAGACAGACAACAGAGAAAAAAGCGGGAAGACAAGUAUGGUUGGUCUCUCUCUCUCUCUCUCCGUGUCUGUCUGUCUGUCUGUCUUCCUGUGGUUUCACAAGACCGUCCGAUGUCGCUGCAUCGUCAGUCGACCUAUCUGACGUGGGAUGGCGUCCACGAAGUGGACCCCAACCUGACAUUGGCCGCCAUGAAGGCCCUGAGGCGCACGAACGCAGAGGCUCCGGGAGACCUCCGACUCGAGAUCAAAAAGAGGGAGUGAGCCAGAGCUAGAUAGACUGGGGGAAGGAAGUGUGGGGAGGGGGUGUCUGUCGAAUCGAUUGUGUGUUCUUCCCUGGUGGGUGCAUUCAGUGCUGAUGAUGGAUGGAUGGAUGGAUGUGUGGAGUGGUGAUGUCGUGGCAGAUGGGAUGUGUGCAGCGGG